AUGUCUGCAACGCGGAACUCAUCUGACGAUAAGAUCUACGAGGACGAGAAGCAGAAAGGUGGUGAUGUUGAGACCCCCGCAGGACCACAUGCAGAGACGAAGGACGUAUAUGACGAAGAAGAGUCAGGCGUCGACCCAAUUUACCAGGCCAAGGCAAGGCUACUCAAUGAUGCGUUUCAGGAGAUCGGGAUGGGCAAAUACCAGUGGUACUUGUUCAUCGUGGCAGGAUUCGGCUGGUUCUCAGAUAAUCUAUGGCCGAUUGUAACUGGUCUUAUCCUAGACCCAGUGGUCAAUGAGUUCAAUGUUCAAGGCCCUUUCUUGAAGCUCGGACAGAACAUCGGCCUCCUUGUUGGUGCCGCAUUCUGGGGAGUUGCAUCUGACGUCUGGGGACGACAAUGGUGCUUCAACAUUACUCUAUUCAUAACCGGUGUGUUUGCCGUCGCUGCCGGCGGCUCCCCGAACUACGUCGCACUAUGCUCCUUGGCCGCGGUAUGGAGUGUCGGUGUCGGCGGGAACUUGCCUGUCGACUCAGCGGUCUUCCUUGAGUUUAUUCCUGCAUCGCACCAGUACCUCUUGACCAUCCUGUCAAUCUGGUGGGCGUUCGGCCAGUUGGUCGGCAGCUUGGUCGCCUGGCCUCUUAUCGCAAACUACUCCUGUGCCUCUGCCACCGACUGCCCACGCUCGUCCAACGAGGGAUGGCGGUACUUCCUGUACGCCAUGGGCGGGCUGAUGCUGCUCCUCUGGGUGCUGCGCUUCUUCGUCUUCCACCUCUAUGAGUCGCCGAAGUACCUGAUGGGCCGUGGGCGUGAUGCGGAGGCGGUCGAGGUCGUGCAACGCGUCGCGCGGUACAACGGGCGCACGUGCAGUCUGACGGUGGAGAUGCUGAGGGAAGCAGGCGAGGUUGCCGCUACUGCGGAGGGAGAUGUGAACACGAUGGACACCAGUGCGUUGGCAGCGGUCAUGAGGAAGAUGCGGAAGUUCAGUGGGGACCAUGUCAAGUCCCUCUUUGCGACGCGCAAGCUGGCGUACUCCACGACGUUGCUGAUCACUAUAUGGGCUCUUAUUGGACUUGCAUUCCCACUAUACAAUGGUUUCGUUACCUAUUUUUUGCAGACACGAGGGGCUGACUUUGGUGACGGUUCCGUGUACAUCACUUAUCGCAACCAAGUCAUUCUUAGUGUCAUCGGCGUACCCGGUGCCCUGCUUGCAGGAUGGAUGGUGGAGAUCCCUUAUCUCGGCCGCAAGGGUACUCUUUCCAUCUCAACGCUCAUCACGGGCGUCUUCCUGUUCGCGAGUACCACAGCGCGCACCUCGAACGCCCUUCUUGGUUGGAACUGCGGCUACACAUUCACGAGCAACGUGAUGUACGGCGUGCUGUACGCUGUUUCGCCUGAGCUGUUCCCUACCAAGGACCGAGGCACGGGCAACUCCAUCGUCGCUAGUGCAAACCGAGUCUUCGGAAUCAUGGCCCCAAUCAUUGCGCUGUACGCGAACCUCGCGACGGCGGUGCCGAUCUAUGUUUCUGGUGCGCUGUUUCUUGUGGCGGGGCUUAUUGCUCUGUUGCUGCCCUUCGAUCCUAUUGGGAAAGCCUCUAUGUGA